GACCAACAACCAGCUGGUGGCCUUCCUGUCCAAAUAUAGAGACAUGAAUUUCAUUAAGUCYCAUGGCAGGGACAAUGCAAGGUUCAUCCGUAAGCAGGGUCUCGAUCGUCUGUUUUACGAGUGCGACACUCACAUGUGGAGGCUGGGCGACCGCAGAAUCCCCGAGGGCAUCUCUGUGGACGGUGGGUCCGACUGGUUCCUCCUCAACCGUGUGUUCGUCGAGUACGUGAUCAACUCCAAGGACGACCUGGUCACCAACAUGAAGCAGUUCUACGCUUACACUCUGCUUCCCGCCGAGUCCUUCUUCCACACUGUGCUGGAGAACAGUGCCCACUGUGAGCGGAUGGUGGAUAACAACCUGCGCAUCACAAACUGGAACCGUAAACUGGGCUGCAAGUGUCAAUACAAGCACAUCGUGGACUGGUGUGGUUGUUCUCCCAAUGACUUCAAGCCUGCUGACUUCCACCGCUUCCAGCAAACGGUUCGGCCCACCUUCUUCGCUCGGAAGUUUGAAGCCAGCGUGAACCAGGAGAUAGUGAACCAGCUGGACGCCUACCUGUUUGGGCCGUUUCCUCAGGGAGCGCCGGGACUCAACUCGUACUGGGAGAAUGUGUACGACGAGCCAGAUGGCGUCGCCAGCCUGUCGGACACACAGCUCACAUUCUACCACUCCUUCUCACGGAUGGGCCUCGCUCGAGCUGCAGCUUCUCUGCAGGGGAACCCAAACGAUCACAGCUGCAGGUACUUCCCCAUGGGCCACCCGGUGUCGGUGCACCUCUACUUCCACUUCGACCAGUUCCAAGGCUACCUGGUCCAGCAUCACGCCACUAACCUGGCAACGAGCAAGCUGGAGAUCAUGGAGACGUGGGUGACGCCCAAGAAAAACUUCCGGCUCACCAUGCCUCCCAGCAGCACGUUCAGCAGAUUACAGUUCGCAGAGAUUGGCACGGAGUGGGACGCCAAAGAACGCAUGUUCAGAAACAUCGGCGGCCUGAUGGGUCCCAUGGAAGAGACGGUGGGCAUGCAGAAGUGGAACAAAGGGCCGAACGUCACCGUCACCGUCGUUUGGAUCGACCCCACCAACGUCAUCGCUGCGACCUAUGACAUCCUGAUCGACGCCAGCGCUGAGUUCACACACUACCGCCCUCCGCUGAACCAGCCUCUGCGGCCCGGAGUGUGGAACAUUCGCAUCCUGCAUAACUGGAGCCCUGUGGCUGAAACACGCUUCCUCAUCGUCCCUCUGGCUUAUAACAAGCACCAGCCCAUCAGGCAAAAGGACACCUUAAAACUCCACAAUGGGCCUCUGAAGAACAGCUACAUGGAGCAGAGUUUCCACGGUCUGAACCCGGUCCUCAACAUCCCCGUCAGCCUGGCUUACGUGGAGCAAUCGAAGAGGAACGCCGGCCUGACGGGCCCGGAGCUGGAGCGCUGGGUGGACGGCCUGGUGGGCGAGCUGUGGGAGGCGGCCGACGUCUGCGCCGUCGGGCCCACCGCCUGUCCGGUCAUGCAGGCCUGCGCCAAAAGCCCGUGGAGCUCCACGAGCCCGGAUCCCAAAUCCCAACUGGGAGCGCCGCGGGCCGACGGCCGCAUCAGAUAGCACCGAGGCCUCCAGCUGGACAGGAGGCUGUGGCACUGUUUACUUUAUUUAUUUUAGAGCGUACGUGCAAGAGGGGGGGGAAGGGUGGGAGUGUCUUCUCUGCCCCAUGAGAAAAAAAAGAGACUUUUAGAAGGAGCCGCUGGUAAAGCUGUCUUAACAGAAAGAAAUGAAUUUGUGUUCCUCAUCAGAUUCAUUAUUUUAAGGAAUUUUGCAGACUUUUGUUGUUCUAGUUUCUCAAUUUAUUUAUUUUUCUGAUUAUGGUGGAGUUUUAAUGUGAUCAGGCGCUGGAAUUCUUUCAUUUCAUAACGCCGUGCGCAGGACACUGUGGCCAUUUGGAUGCUUGCAGACCAGCUCCUGCUGCAAUAAGGCCUUAGUUAGGGUGGGGUGGGGGGGGGGUAGUCUGGUACUGGAAAACGUGCCUCCUUUAAGGUUCAUGUCAUGAAAAUGUGACGGUCUGUUUAUUAUGAGACAACUAAACAGAGGAGAAAUAUGUCACAACUCAAAGGCAGAUGCACCAAAAGCCAAUUUUAGUUAUUAGGAAACUAAUUCAGUGCUUUUUAAAAUUUUAAUUAAUCACAAGUUUCUGCAGACUAGUGCCUGAUUAGGAUGUUGAGCAGCUGUGGCUCGGCUGAUCGUCUGCAGCUGUCAAAUUAGUUGCGAAGGAAAAGGAUGGGCAAGGGUGUUUUUCUGAUAAUUGGAUAAAAGGUGAAGGAAAUGACAUGUAGACAUUUUAGUGUCGAUUCCUAAUACCUUUGUAGUUAUUUGGACUGUAGUCUUUUCAGAUUUAACAUUWACAUAGAGUAGAUUUCUUUUAUUAACACCCAGAUGUAACAAGCAGCAGACAAGAGAAAAUAGUUUUGUUUUUAUAAAUAUAAAUAUAUAAUUAACCUGCCUCAAACUUGAAACAAAAUUACCUUAAGCUGACCUUAAAAUUUGUGUCCUGUUUCUUUUUUUUCCAAGUCGUUUCAGCAACACUUAAACGUUGUACAUAAUUCUACAAAACGUCUCAAAAGUUGUGCGAGUGGUUGGAGGAGAGUUGUUAUUUAUUUCUAAGUUUAUAAUUAUAUGGAUAUUUUUAGUCAGUGACUAAAUAACUGCGACGCUGCCUUGGCAGCAUGAUAAAUAUUUUUUUGUAAAAGCAAGCCGCCUUUAUUUACAAAGGCCAACACCCCAGACUUAUACUGUACGUUUUUAUGGCCCGCACCUGUUGUGUGUUCGUCCGUGUCGUCCUGUCUGAAUAGACCUUCUUGUCCUGGUUUCUCCAGCGGCUGUUUGCUGAGCGAACCGCGAGACGUCAAACAAAAAUAAAAAAAAAGCGAAUGAUGGGGUGAGGAGGUCAGCUACCUCACAACCUCACCAAACAGAAGAUGAACACAAACACUCCUCACAAGUAAACCCAACGUCUGCGAAGGAGAAACUGCUCUUUUUUUGGUGUUUUCUGUCAGUUUCAGAGCGAUCAGUGGUUGUGAUAUUCAUGCUGUGACAACAAUGUACAAACUCCAGUGAAUAUUCUGUUGURUCUCGAUUGCAGAACGAAGAAUACGUUACUGAACUGUGGCUCCUCUGUUACCGUUACAAGUAUCUCUUUCUUUACAUCCAGACAAUCCCCGGGCGUCUGAUGCAAGUUAAUUAUAUUCUGGGGGCCGGCAGCAAAUCCUGAAACAAGAAGUUUGCUCACACGUUUGUUUUACCUUGAAAUAAGUAUCAUCUGAAGCCAAUUAGGUUUUCAAUCUGUGACUGUCAACAUUGUUUAGUCAUCACACGAGCUAAACGAGUGGUUUUGCACAAGCUAAUGAAGAGACAUUACUGUUCAUUAAUGUCAAGUUCACCUUGCCUCUCUGUCAGAUGUGAGUGUUAUUACUGCUAUCUCUCUUUCCUUUUUCAAAUCCUCACUGCUUCUGGUGUUAAACUGUAAAAGACAAAGUUGUUGCUCUGAAUAAAUUACUUAUUAUGAUGUAAGCUUGAUGGCAGUUUAUGGAAAAGGGUGAAUAAAGUAAAUGUAACUAAAUGUGAAAGUCAUAUUUUGUAACAAAAUUAUUAACAAAUGAAGAUGUAUAUAAGUAUUUUGUAUUGAACUCUUGUUUUAGAACUGUAAAUACAGAUGUGGUCAAAUAAAGUGAAUUAUUCAGACUUUAUAAAGUGUCAGAAACUGGACAAAAGAGUGAAAUAGUGAGAAAAAACGCGACCUGCUUCAGUAUUUCGGACAGCUGUGACGGUGACCUUUUCCUCUUCGUGUCUCAGAGAAAAAUCAGAUUGUUGUUGUUCUUGCUGGAAUGUAUUGUUGAGCAACUGUUGCACAAAUUUCUCUGACGGAUGUUUAUUCCCCCUUUUUGUUUUAUUUCUAUUCAGAGAGGCUCCACGUGCCUUAGCUGACUUUUAGAACCUCCUCUGUCCGUUUAAAGGAAACUCUUCUUUUAUUUAAUUUUCAUUUCCUUUGUGAGUCUGUCGAGUCAUUCAUCGGUACUCAAACAUGAAAACGAUGUCUGCUGUUGUAUAUAUCAUGCCUUUUGUUUUUAUACGCUUUAUCUUUUUUUUUCCUCUUUAUUUUCCAGAAUUGUCUUGUUUUACUUUUCACUGACUGCUUUUUGGAAAUAAAAUUAUUUGAAAGAAAAAAAAAA